AUGUCUACCCUUGCUGCGCCUCGCCUUCUCGCCGCUCUUUUAUUGUUCUGGGCCUUCUGGGUGCAAGAAACUCUUGCUCAGCAGGUUGUCAAUGGCCAGAUCUUUACGAAUGGAUUGGCCAUCGUGGAUGCGCCGGCUGUAAACAGUGUUCAACAUGUGGGGAGCGAUAUAAACAUAGCCGUGGACGUCUCCGGCUCCGGGGACGGCAAGCUCGCAUCUGUAGCCGCGACUCCAGGCUCUGGUCUCGCGGAUCGCUUCGACUCUCUGUCGAUAUAUCUCGUCUCCAGCGAAACCAACAUCAACGCUACAGUGUCUAAUGGGACCGGUUUUCUGACCCAGGAGCCUGGCAGCACGGUUAAGCACCUUAACUUCAACGUACCAGGGUGCAUCACUCCGGGGGACUACAACGUGUCUUCACCUCCGCCUACCAACCCCUGGACGGGUGCCCCGACCAAUGGCAGCACCGGCUCUGGCGAGUCGUACACAUUUACCCUCGGCUCUUCCGGACUUUCGUGGCCCUUUACGACCGGCUUGCCACCUGUGGUCACAACAACGCUCUCCGGCCAAACGGUGACAAUCACACAAGCGGAGACUUCUAAGGAAACAGUAACAGUCGUUUUCGUGUCCGAAUCGACCUCGACGGUCACCGCUACUGCGCCUGGGGGCACCAGCACGUUCACGACCACGUACGGCAAUGUGUAG